AUGGUUGGUCACACUUUAACCCCGACUUACUAUCGCCCUGGUUCGGUCUUGAAAGACGACGGAACCACUUCGAACCGACCAUUUAACGACGGCGGAGAGGAGUGGAUUUUAGUAGAUGGUACGCCGGCAAGCUGCGUCCAGAUCGGCCUUCAUCAUGUGUUCAAGGACAGGGGGCCAAUCGACCUAGUGGUCAGCGGUCCCAAUUAUGGCCGGAACACCACUGCGGUGUUUGCUCUGUCCAGCGGAACGAUUGGUGGCGCAAUGGAAGGCGCAAUGAGCGGCGUGAAGAGUAUUGCCUUAUCUUAUGCCUUUGAUUCCAGAGAGCAUGACCUCGAGGUCAUCUCUGCCGCUUCGAGGUUGAGCACUCGAUUAAUGGAGAAGUUGGCCAAAGAGUGGCCAGACGAUGUGCAUCUAUACAGCAUCAAUGUUCCACUACGGCAAGGAGUGGAGAACAACAAAAUCGUCUAUGCUGAAAUGAUACAAAACCGUUGGAUCAGUGGCAGCUCCUUCACCGAAUUGGCUGCGGAGGAAGACAACGAAGACCCCAACGAGGAGGAGCAGAUAAUCCGUGAGACUGGUGAAGCUGACGGAAACAACAACACCAACCUCGUGACAAGACGAGUCCAUCGCAGAUUCAAGUGGUCCCCGAACUUCGCAGACGUUCGGAAGGCCGUUGUCGAUGCUGGCAAGGGUGAUGGUUGGGAGGUGCUGCAAGGAAACAUCACGGUCACUCCAUUGAUCGCGAAUUUCUGGCACUUGCCUCAUUACACCGGCGAAAUCAAGCUAGGUGACGCUCGUUCAAGCUCAAUAGCCUGCAAUAUAGAUUCGAAUUCUCCGCCCGUAUAUGCACUCAUUGAUUACCCGGAUGCAUAUGUGCAGCCUCUCAUUCUGGAUGCUCUUGGGCAAUUAGCUCCUAUUCCCGUCAGGCGCAUUUCUAACCUGAGUGACUUGCCAAAUCCUUCAGACCGCGUUUUCCAGUUCACCGGUUACGAAAAACUGGACUUUGAGCAUGCCAUGCAGCACACACAGACGUCCCUUGUCUGCUCGUAUGUCAUCCGGAAAGCGCUCAUUCGCAAACACUAUCUUUCCGGUACCGUGUCUACCUGGCUAGUCAAACACCCGAGUAGCAUCCUGAAAAACCAUUUCAAGCCGUGUGUCCAUUUCGAACUCGACUAUGCAGAAUUCCUCGAUGAGGCCCUGGUGGAUGCAUGGGACCUGAACGAGAGCUUGGCAGAGAACGAGAAGCAAGAGUCUGAUGGUCAAAGAGAGUGGUGGAUACUGAAACCCGGCAUGAGUGAUGGGGGCAAUGGUAUCAGACUAUUCUCAACUAGCAGUGAACUGCAAGCCAUCUUUGAGGAGUGGGAACAAGACGCGCCCGAUGCCGAUGCCGAAAGUUCGAGCGAAGAGGACGAGUCCCAUCAGGCUCCGGGCAGCAAACAAGUCAACCUCUUUGAGGGUAACGCAAUGACAUCCCAACUCAGACAUUUCAUCGCUCAACCCUACAUCGACCCCCCGUUACUGCUCGAGUCCUAUGGCAAUCGAAAGUUCCACAUCCGGGCCUACGUGUUAGCCGUGGGAGCCUUGAAAGUGUAUGUGUACAAGGAGAUGCUAGCUCUGUUCGCAGCGAAAGGCUAUCAGCCACCCACUUCUGCCACAGAUUCCGAGAUGCUUGACCUGGCACAACAUCUGACAAAUACCUGCUUUCAAGAUGAGACGACCAAGAGCACCUCCGUCUAUCGAUUCUGGGACCUACAAUCUCCUGGGAUGCGUGCAGACUGGAAAGACGCCGUGUUUCAACAAAUCUGCGAUAUAACUGGUGAGGUAUUUGAAGCUGCAGCUCGUGAACAGAUGAUUCACUUCCAAGCGGUGCCCAAUGCUUUCGAAAUAUUUGGCGUGGACUUUCUGAUUGACCGGGAAUGUAACGUGUGGCUGCUGGAACUAAACGCCUACCCGGACUUCAAACAGACAGGACAGGAUCUCCAGGAUGCUGUGGUUGGGGGCCUUUUCCAAGCAGUGGCCAGAUCCGCAAUCGCGCCCUUCUUUGGUUUGACUGGAUCUGGAACGACACAGAUGCCACUGGUAAGGUCGCUCGAUCUAGGCCGAUGCUGA